AUGUCGCAGUCGCCCAUGAUAUCCGUCCCUCUCAAGAGGACUGACGAGGUCGACUGGGUCACGCCCCUCAAACGAUAUAUCGCCGUCUCCUACCAGGACGACCCCGAAAAGUACGCAGAGGAGGCCGGCACCAUCCAUCGUCUGCGCCAGGACAUGCGCGGCGCAGGGAACGACUCGACCGGCAGAGACGUCCUCUACCGCUACUUUGGCCAGCUCGAGCUCCUCGACCUCCGCUUCCCUGUCGACGAGGCCCAUAUCAAAAUUGGGUUCAUGUGGUACGAUGCAUUCACACAAAGACCAACCUCGCAGUACUCUCUCGCCUUUGAAAAGGCUAGCACCAUCUUCAACAUUGCCUCCGUCCUCUCAGCCAUCGCUACCUCCCAGACAAGGAUCAACGAACCCGAGGGCGUCAAAAAGUCUUUUCAUUUUUACCAGGCUGCUGCUGGAAUCUAUACCUACAUCAACGAGAACUUUUUGCACGCACCAUCUACCGACUUGAGCAGGGACACCGUCAAGAUGUUGGUCGCACUGAUGCUUGCCCAGGCUCAAGAAGUCUUUUGGGAAAAGACCCUCGCUGAAAAGAAGAAACCACUGCUCAUCUCCAAGUUGGCCGCCCAGGUCGCCUGGGGAUACCAGAACACCCUCGAGGCUAUGGCGGAUGGUGUCACCAAGCAAGUGUUCGAGAAGAACUGGCAGACACUUUGCCAGAUCAAAGCAAAGCUGUUCACAGCUAUCGCACAAUACUACAGGUCAAUGGCGGCAGAGACAGAUUCCAAGUGGGGCGAGAUGGUGAGCAGAGUUCAGAUUGCAGAGACGGCAGUCAAGGAUGCUGAGAAGCAGGCCAAGAGUUUUGCCUCAGGAUUCAGUCAGAGUUCACAUCCGACCGUGACGUUGACCCAGGAGGCAGCAACCACCUUGCAUGAGAUCACAAAGUCUCACCUGGCGGUCAUCACAGAGAAGAAGGCUCAGGCCAUCCGGGACAACGACAUGAUCUACCAUGAGGCCGUCCCAACAGAAGGAGCACUGCCCGCCCUCGAGAAGCUGAACGCGACAAAACCCUUGCCCAUCUCAGAACUGUACACCCAGAGCGAGAUCCAAAAGGUCAUUGGACCAGACACUUUCCAGCGCCUCAUCCCCUUGUCCGUACACGAGUCAUCCAGUUUGUACUCAGAAGAGAAGGCCAAACUUGUUCGUGCGGAGGCUGAAAAGUGCGAGACUGCUAACCAGGAGCUGUCGAGCGCACUAGAGUACAUGAACCUACCUGCUGGACUCGAAAAGUUCAAGAACAACGCCAACGGAGGUCAAGGUGCCUCUCUCGAUAGUCUGGCCGUCCCACCUUCAGUCGUCAUGGAGGUGGCUGACUUUAUCCAGGCUCACGAGGUUGGAGGCGAAUCAGUUGCAGAUCUGAUUUCAACCCUAGACCGCGUAAAGUCAGGAACAAGAGAGUCGUUGGAGAACGCCAAUCUGUCAUUGGAUGAAGAGCGCAGUCAAUGCGAGACCCUCAGAGCCAAAUAUGCUGACCUCUGGACUCAACGCCCAUCAGGACCGUUGACGCAGGUGUUCAGGACAGACUCUAGGGCCUUGAUGGAGUCGAUUGACAAAGCUUCAGCAUCAGAUCACAACCUGACCCGAUCCUUUGACCAGAUUGCCAACAAUGUCAUGGUGCUCCGCGAAGGACGCGAGGGAGGUGCUUUGGAGCAGCUUUUCGCCCGCAUUGUUGUGGAUGCCAGCAGGAACAGGAAGGGUUCAACUCGUUCGGAUAACAGCUUGUUGGAUGUCGAGGACAGUGGUGAGAGUGAGGCGGUCUUGAGGGCCGUGGCCAAGGUUGAGGAUGUGAUGGCCAAGCUCAAGAAGCUGAAGCAGGAGCGCAUGGAGACUCUUGAGGACAUGAAAGUCAAGACGCAACAAGACGAUAUUUCUAACCUCUUGAUCUUGAACAAGAAGAGUUCUGGCAUUGAGCCGCAGCUCUUUGCACAGGAGCUCGAAAAAUUCAGGCCCCACCAGACGAGGGUGACUGCCACCAUUCACCACCAACAAGUCUUGAUGCAGGAACUCACAGCGCACUACAAGGAGUUGAUGAACAGGCAAGAGGCCAGAAGCCUUCAGGAAGUCUGGGAUACAACCGAGAAAAAGAGACAGGCGAUGUCAGAUCAGCUGGUCAAGACAAAGGGCUCCUACAUUUCUGUCAAGGAUGGCUACAUGAAGGGGAUUCGCUACUACGAGGAUCUGAAUGUGCAGGUGCAGGAUUUGGUCAAGGCGGUCGACCAGUUCUGCAGGUCCAGAAAGGACGAACGCAGUAUGUUGGAGAGACAGGUUCUCGCUACUCAGUCCGAGCGCGGAUCCCAAGCACUCAAGGAUCAACUGUCGAGACUCGGCAAUGUCUCGUCUCCUCCUUCCAGUUCUCUUCCUAUCGACGCCAUGGCGAAUAUGAAUCUGGGAGGCACUAACCGAGGACCAGGGCCUGCAGCUGCAGCACCAUCGGUCCCUCAGUGGGCACCAGUAUCUGCUGCUCCUGCUCCCUACGCCCCAAUGAGCUCUGCUGCCACUGCUCCCUCGUUUGCACCUCAGCACACUACCCCUCCUGCGACAAACCCUCAUUAUGGAGUGCCUUCGUCGGCAACACCUCAGCAAAUCACUCCUCAGCCUCAGACACCGUCGAUGAUUAUUCCCAACACUGGCCCAUUCGCCCUACCAUCGCCCCAGACGCCCCAUCAGCAACCUAUGCAGCCCAUGCAACAGCCUCUGCAUCAGCAGCAACAGCCUUUGCAGCGUCAGGGAAGCUACAAUUUGCCUUCGCCAGCCCAGCAGCAUCAACAGCCUGCUCGAUCGUUCACUCAGCCAACGUUCUCGCAGGCUCCCAUGCAGUCUCCUCAGCAACAGCAGCAGGUUCCUCAACAGCAGCAGGUUCCUCAACAGCAGUACCAGCCUAUGCAGCCUCAGCAGCAGCAACAGUUCCAGCAACCUCAGCAGCAGUUUCAACAGCCUCAGCAGCAAUUCCAACAGCAACCCCAGCAGCAGCAACAGUACCGACCAGUUUCGCAGCCUCAGUACCAACAACAACAGCCGCUCUCGCAACCUCAGCAAAACUCUGGCACGUACCUCCCUAUGACACCUCAGAACCAGUUCCAGUCAACGGCACCUGCACCAUUCCAGCAGCAACAGCAGCCAAUGCCACCUCAACAGCAGCCCCAGGUCCAGUCUCCCUAUCAACAACAGCAACAACCAGCCUUUGGUCAUCAACAGCCACAGCUGCAACAGCAGCAAUACCAACAACCAGCUUUGCAGCAGCAGCAGCCUCAACAGCAGGGGUAUCAGCAGCCUCAGCAACAAAGUGGACAUGCCUCAUACCCCCAGCAGCAGCAAGUUCCUCAGCAGCAGCAGCAGUACCAGCAGCCACAGCAGCAACCAAUCCAGCAACAACAGCCAUAUCAACAGCAGUAUGGAGGUGGUUUCCAGCAGCAGCAGCAACCAUACCAGCAGCAGCCAUUACAACAGCAGCAACAGCAGCCAAUGCAGCCACAGCAGCAGCAGUUUAACCAGGGUGGAUAUGCGCCCUUACAGCCACUCCAGCCAACUGGCUACCGCCCCAACUCGCUUCUCGAUUAA